AUGGGAUUCUUUACUGAAGACAUACAAAAGACGUCUGUCUCGUUAUAUAUUGAGAGACUCUCCAAUCUGGAGGAGGUCGACUGGUAUCUGCUGCAGCAGUUGACCGAGUCUAUUCAAAUGCAAGCGAAUGGACCGAGAGAAGCUGUCGAGACCGUUCGAAAGAAGCUCAAACACGGUGGCACUCAACAAAAAUUGAGAGUCUUGGAGAUCCUUAAAUUGCUCAUGGAAAACUCAAAUCAACAAUUUCACAGACAAUUUCUGGCAAAUGAAAAGAUGAGAGAAAGGUUCGAGCUGAUGUUGACCUCCCCGGCUGAAAACGCUGCAGUUAAAAAGGAACUUGUUUCACUUUUAGGUGCUUGGGCAGUCAAGUAUAAGAGCGAGCCAGGAAUGAAGGCCAUUCAAGACUUGUUCGAGAUGGGAAGAGGUGGUGGACGUCGUGUGGUUACCCGACCAAGAGCGAAUACAGACACAAUGGACAGACAUCCUCAUAUACAAUCACCCUCUACACCAACUUCGAGACACAUGGACACACCCACUUCACCUCGUCGUCGCUCACCUUCGCCCAUUAGAGAGGAAAAACGUAGAUCGUUACCUCCAGCCAUGCCCUCCAAACCUGCUCAAUCAGUAGAGCGAUCACCACCACCAAAGAACAAAUCCAAACCUCGCAGCCAAAGCUCUGCAGCCACUACAAGCCGGCCCUCUCCAGCAUCAGGCAGUGCGGGCCCUACAAGAGUAUUCAACUUUGAGAAGGCCAAGCCUAAAAUUCUGGAGGAAAUUGCACUGGGAAACAGCAACGCCAACAACCUCGUCAACGCACUGAAAUUGAUCAACACAUCUGAAGAUAGAUGGGAAAUCGAUUUACAACACGACAAGCGUUUGCAAGGAUUCCAUGACAAGUGCGAGGAGUCCAAAAAGAGAAUUGUUCGAUACGCUAGAUUGGUGGAAGAUGAGGACUGGAUUGGCACUUUGUUAGCUACCAACGAGGGGUUGUUAAAGGCGUUGGAAAUGUACGACAUUAUGCUCGCUGGUGAAAUUCCUGCUGCUUGGUCGCAGGCUCAGCAAAAUCAACAGCAGUUACGUCUGGCAUAUCAGCAAUCAGAAGCACCACCAAAGCAAAUUCGCGCACCUCCUCCACCUCCUCUACCUCAGACAUUACAAAUCGAAGAUUCCUUUUCCAAUAUGCAAUUGACUAGACGUGAGCAGGAACCUGAGGAAGAGCUGGACCCUUUUGCUGAUCCCGUUACCCCUAUUGAAGAUGAAAAUCGAAGAGGCUAUUUAUAUUAA